AUGGCGUCUUAUGACUAUGAAGAUUUGGAAUACAAGAAAGAUUACGAAGAUUAUCUGGAUGAUGAUGCAGAGGAACCUCCUCCGAGGGUUAGGCGGUACCCCACUCUCUUCAGCUCCAAGAAAACCCCACUUGAUAUUCGAGAUGUUCGGGACGCAGUAAACCAGCUCCUCGCCACCAUUGACGAGGGUUCCCCCACGAGGUUCACAGGCGGCAGGCUCGCUACCAGGCUGCCUUUAUUCGAAGACAUGGAGUACACUGACCACGCGGAGAUGCUGCCGGCUCCGCAGCCCGUUCUGUAUGACUACAUCAUGAAGCCCACCCGCUCGACGGCAGUCGGAUGGCUGCGGGCUGCCGCGAAAACUACUACCACAGCGCCCGAACCGACAAACGCAACAUCAGCGGCUAACACAACGACCACCGUGUCCACGUUACCCACGGCGAGAUGGCCGAUAGACGUGCCCGCCCUCCUCGACCUCAUAGCGGUCCUCGCAGCCGACUACGAGACGAACCUCACGAGGAAACUCAACGAGUCGCUGAUGCAGAUGUCAAUACCCACUUGCGAAACUUUCACCCCGCUGAAAGUCACCACGUCGGAGUACGACGCUAACGCAACUGGCACUGUCAUCGCUAAGUGUUUCGUAUGCGGCUUGGAAGAGGAGGGCGUGCCCCAUUCUGCACCAUGCGCGGACGCGUUCGCCGGCGACUUUUUGCCCCUUGUGCCCGUCGACCCCACCGCCAGGGCGAAGAUAUCCAAGUACAGGAAGUAUUGUAAAUAUUUGAAUAUCAAAGGCUACAUGUACAACGACACACAACCGCGCGCGAUAUUCGGCCGCUGGACCGGCGGGUGCGGCGUGCGCUGGAUCGAUCUCAGCGGCAUCUACACGCAGCGCACGUGCCGCAGCCGCUUCCAGGCCACCAUGGGCAAGCAUUACGCUAGCAAGCGCAUGGCGCGGCUCGAGAUGGCGCUAUUGACUUUAGACAAUGGCUGCAUUGUGAGUCCCAUGGCAACUCUAGUUCCACUGUCCCGUGGUGUUUCACUGUUCGCGCGAUUCCAUGCCUGCGUGUGCACCGGCAGCUGGUGUAACACUGCGAUACAAAACGCGCCAUGGACGUCUAUCAUAUUCCUAUUGUUAUUAUUAACGAGACGAUUGUAA